AUGCUUUUCUUCAGUUUCUUCAAGACUCUUGUAGACCAAGAAGUCACUGUCGAGUUAAAGAACGACAUCGAAAUCAAGGGAACCUUGAAGUCUGUAGACCAAUACUUGAACUUGAAGUUGGACAACAUCUCGUGUGUGAAUGGAACCAACUAUCCCCAUUUGCAUUCAGUGAAAAACUUGUUUAUCAGAGGUUCCACUGUUCGUUAUGUCCACAUGAGUCCAAACUCAGUUGAUUGCACAUUGUUGCAGGAUGCUUCCAGAAGAGGUAUGUAUAAAGAGAUAUGA